AUGUCCGCACGUAUUUCAACUUGCGAGCCACGAAAAUGCGAAGAAGAAAGCUUUAGAAAACUGCUAUUUGGAUACCUAAGACGUCAAGGAAAGUUCGUCAAGCUGGGCCAGCACUUGAGCACCAAGCAAAAAAGAGGAUGUGCCACGCACUACAAUGUGCACUACAAAAAUGUUUCGAAUGACUCGGAGGAUGAUAGAGAGGAGGAUGGAGGUGAUUCUGACGCCAUUGAGUCGGACUUAGAACUUGAACCUGCGAAACCUCAAGGCUUGUAUCGACCUAACAAACUCCGUCGCACAUAUGCCAUGCAGGAUGUUACUGCAUUAUUUGAUGAUGAUGAGCUCGACUCCGAUGGUGAGCAGGUGGAAAUCGCCAAUGGUGAUGAUUCAGAUGCUGGGCGUGAGGAGAGUGACAACGAGGAACCAGAGACCAUGGCCAUGAUGCUCUCUGAUGAGGUCCCUUCCAUUGUCGCCGACAAGGUCAAGUCCGAUGUUCGAUCAUGUGGAAAAUCCCAGUCUGCCCGGGACCAAAAACACACUGCAGAGAUUCCAACAUGGCGCGAUGUCGACAAUGCUGUUUCAGAGUCUGUAGACGAAACUAGUACAACAUGUGGCAAUUCCUCAGAACCCUACUCCAGUGAUUUGGAAGGCGCCCCCAAACCUACCUCCGCAGCUCGUUCAGCUCAGAAUGUCGCUUCUCUCAUUCAAACGGAGAAGGGUAAUAUCAAAUUACUUGAUCAAAACCACGAAACUCGUCAAGUCAUUCGGAAUGUGAUUAUUGAUGCCAAGUGUCACAUUGUCUUCAUCAAUGCUUAUCCUGAACUUGUUGAUAAAAACCAGAUCUCGUUGCAAUCUUUGUUGAAGGUGGCUCAGGAUCUUGGCAUACAUGCCAUCAAACAAUGUCUUCAAAAAGAUGUGCAGUAUGCUUCUCACCUUGCUAGCUUGGUCGAGCUGCGCAUUCCCUUAUUGUGCUGUGACUUGAAAAUGGCCGCAUGUGCCAACAUCAAUAGCUACUUUUGUCUCAGCCAGAACAUAGUCAAGGCAAAAAAACUUAUGGAGAAGCAUGCUUAUGUAUAUGCCUUGAGGUUUGAUGCCAAUGACGAUGCAUCACCCAUAGGGAAAAAGCCCUACCAGGGUGACCUACUGAUCUUUCUCUUAUGUGACGGAGUCUUCAUUGGAGCAAAGUCUAUUGGUGUCAAGUUCACUGAGUGCUUCAUCGAAAUCAGUCGUAACAAGGCCAAUCGCCCAGAAAUACCAAUUUCAAUACUAGCACUCGUGGCAACAGCGGUGUAUGCAUUCUGGAAGACACUCGGUUCACCAGGAAAGUUCAACUUUACUGGGAAUCAAUUCAGUGAAACAUAUAUUUUUCACAUCAAGUUCCUCAAGAACUUAAAGAAGGACGCACCUGGGAAGUUUCACUGCAUGAUGGCCGACAUUUAUGAAGCUGUACAGGUCUUGAAACGAAAGGGGAACGAUCAUAUGGUCAGUGAGCAUCAAGAUGCACUGGCGCUACUUGACCUCGAUGGAAUGGCUGAGGAUUAG